AUGGUACCGUCGUACGAAAGCAUAUUCAAGGACGUGGUCGAAAAGACACGUCUAGGACAGGAUAAAGAGCUCGUGUAUCUCAUAGGGCAGAACCAAAAUACAACGUCACCUUUGCAGCAGGAGGUAGAUCAACUAAUAAAGGAUCUCAACCUAGUGGAGUUUAAAGUAGCUCAGCAGGUUGGCCACAGCAUUCAUGAUCUAGCUCCCGAGGAGCUUUCGAAAAAUUACAAACCUCUACCUUCAAACGACGAAGGAACGCAGCGCAGAUUGUCUACUGAAAUAAGGAACCUUACUCAGGGUGAAAGUGCAAAUAGAGGCGCUGCCAGCACGCCUGCUGCGGCAACAAUCAGUAACUUCAGCGUUAAUUCCAGAGUUACGAAUCUCGAAAACCAUGACUACACCCCUGUUCCUCACAAACAACCCACGAAGGGAAGCAUCAAGAAGACAUUGAAGAAGUAUAAGGCGAAGCUUCAACACCCAGAAGUGGAAAAUCAAUCGAGAACCGUGAGCUCUCAGACGGUCAAGGCCAGCCGCAGAGCAUCAUUGGUGGGCGAGGUAUUGCCUGAAUACAUUCGCAAGCAGCUCACUAUCAAUGAUCUGGAACAGAAUGACAGAAGAAGUUUGUCAACAAAUGAGUCGCUACGAAAAAGUCCCAGCAGAAGAGAAAGAUCAGAGAGUUUAACCACGCCAGAAGAACACAGCCAGAUCCAAUCUCUGUCGCUCCGACGGCUCGAGAACAGCCAAAACGACAGAUUUAGGAACGUGUUGGUGAACUCACUGUCCCUAUAUGUGCGCAAGGACGACAACAGUGCCAAUGUCUCACAGGAGGGCAUUGAAUCCGCGGUGUCGGAUACGGACAAGGAGUACAUUCUGCCCAGUCUGUUUACGAGAUCCGUGGAUGGCAUGAAUGAUCACGAUGGGCUUUUGUACCACCAUACAGAUGACGAGGAGGACGAGGAGGAAGGAAACGACGAGGAUGAGGAUGAUGGAGAUUAUCUAUUUAAGCAGUAG